CACCGUUGAAAAAAAAAAAAAAUGCAGAAUUCAAAUUCCCGCUCUAUUUGCAUGUGGCGUUGUAUUUCAAACUUUCAAAAUCCCUCCCAAAUCAGAAAAUUACACAGCCCCCCGCCAUUGUCAACAAACCCUUCUUAACGGUCUUUCCGCCACCCACAGAUACACACUUUCCUGCGUGUUUUUUUUGGUGUGUGUGUGUGUGUAAUUUACAUACAUAAGGAGAAAACGCAGAGAUAUAGAGUUAGAGAGAGAAAAUAAUGGCUUUACCUUCUUCUGUUUAUUCCGCAGCUGUUGAAUCUGGAUCUAAAGAUGUGCCCUAUUGCCGUAAACAGAAAUCUCUCGGCCUUUUGUGCUCCAAUUUUUUGAGCUUGUACGAUAGAGAGGGGAUUGAGACAAUUGGGCUGGACGAUGCAGCCUCGAGACUAGGGGUGGAAAGGAGGCGGAUCUAUGAUAUCGUGAAUGUUUUGGAGAGUGUUGGUAUUCUUAUCCGGAAGGCGAAAAAUCGAUAUACUUGGAAAGGGUUCGGGGCGAUUCCGGAAGCUCUGGAAGCCCUAAAAAGGGAGGGUUUGAGGGAGAAUGGCCCUUUUGCCGAUACAAGCUGUUCUGAGAAAGUUUCGGAUGAUGAAGAAGAUUCGAUGUCCUCGGAUAUUAACUGCUUAAGCCAAAAUGAUAAAUCGGAUACUAGUUCGGUUCUUAAAUCUGCUAUGGCAUCCAAAUCUGGUGAGAAUAGGAAGGAAAAGUCUCUUGGGCUUCUUACACAGAAUUUUGUUAAGCUGUUUCUCUGCACCGAUAUGGAUUUGAUUUCUCUCGAAGAUGCAGCAAAGCUUUUGCUCGGCGACGGAAAGCACACUUCAAUGACUACUAGAAUUUCAUUCAACUCUCCAGCAAAAGUCAGAAGACUGUACGAUAUUGCCAAUGUGUUAUCUUCCAUGAAAUUCAUCGAGAAGAUUCAUCACCCUGAGACAAGAAAACCUGCUUUUAGAUGGUUAGGGCUGAAUGGAAAACCCGAUAAUGGAAUUGUAGACUCGAAGAAGAGGAUUUUUGGGACUGAUUUAACUAAUACAGCAAAGAGGUUUAAGGUUGAUGAAGAUGGGCUUCAAAUCUUGAAGCCAGUUAACCUAAUGCGAGUCAAAAACGAGACAGAAAACGAGGAUGAUAGAACAACUACAAUGGGUGCAAAGAGUUACCAGUUUGGCCCUUUUGCACCUGCAAAUGUACCUCAAGUUGGAGUGUCGAACGAUGAUAAGGGAAAGCAGGUUGUUGAUUGGGAAAGCUUGGCUUCUACUUACCGGCCUAAGUAUCACAACCAAGCUUUGAAGGAUCUGUUCUCGCACUACGUUGAAGCAUGGAAAUCAUGGUACACUGAAGUAGCUGGAAAGAGCCCAAUACAACUAAUGUCCUAAACUUGUUUCCGUUUCGGUUUCUGUUCAUAUUUCCGAGUGUUGACGGUGUAAGCGUUGAGAUACAUUAGCUGACUAGGAGCAGAGAUACAUAGCUUAAUGAUGAAUGCAUAUUCUCAAUGCAAUGGGAAUCUAUCACUUGUAAUGUUUGAUUCAACUUAUACAUUUUUUUACAUUUAGUUUUUGAAUACAUUCGUUGACUUUAACCGAGGGUAAUAUAUUCGACAUUUUCUUAACUCUCGACACCGAAGAAAAAAGAAAGAUAGAUGUGAAGUAUGAAGAGGUUGGUGUGUUUUAUGCACGGGUGGUGAAAAUAAAUUGUGUUGGCUCGACAAAGGUUUGAGCUUGAAUCAUCGGUUCUAAAGAGAAUAGAACCAUUGUUUUAAGGUUUG